UGAGAGUUCAGUCUGGCAUCUGGCCUCUAUAAGAGGAGGCAGAGGGCGCUCGCCACCUUUCGUGUCCACGACGUGCGCGCCUUGCCAAGUCGCAGCCACCCACUGGAGCUCGUCAGUUCCGUAGCUACCACCCGUGCGGCACGAGUCGUCGCGCCCAGGUCCGCCAUGGACGCUUGCUCUCCGGCCCUCGUCGUCGUCGGGGCGCUGCUCCUCCUCCUGGGGGCCUCGGCGCCGACGGCGUCCGCGGCGCGCGCCUUCUUCGUCUUUGGCGACUCCCUCGUCGACAACGGCAACAACAACUACCUCAUGACGACGGCGCGCGCCGACGCGCCGCCCUACGGCAUCGACUUCCCCACGCACAUGCCCACGGGGAGGUUCUCCAACGGGCUCAACAUCCCCGACAUCAUCAGCGAGUACCUCGGGGCAGAGCCCGCGCUGCCCUACCUGAGCCCCUACAUGCGAGGCGAGAACCUGCUCGUCGGCGCCAACUUCGCGUCCGCCGGCGUCGGCAUCCUCAACGACACAGGCGUGCAAUUCGUGAACAUCAUCAGGAUCGCGCAGCAGCUGCAGAACUUCCAGGCCUACCAGCGGAGGCUGGCGGCGUACAUCGGUGAGGACGCGGCGAGGGAGCGCGUGAGCCAGUCGCUGGUGCUCAUCACGCUCGGCGGCAACGACUUCGUCAACAACUACUACCUGGUGCCCUUCUCCGCCAGGUCCCAGCAGUUCGAGAUCCACGACUACGUCCCCUUCAUCAUCUCCGAGUACAAGAAAGUCCUCGCGCGGCUGUACGAGCUGGGCGCCCGGCGCGUGAUCGUGACGGGGACGGGGAUGAUCGGGUGCGUGCCGGCGGAGCUGGCCCUCCACAGCCUCGACGGGUCCUGCGCGCCGGACCUCACGCGCGCCGCCGACCUCUUCAACCCGCAGCUGGAGCGGAUGCUGACGGAGCUCAACGGCGAGGUCGGCCACGACGACGUCUUCAUCGCCGCCAACACCAACAGGGUCAGCUUCGACUUCAUGUUCAACCCGCAGCAGUACGGGUUCGCGACGGCCAAGAUCGCGUGCUGCGGGCAGGGCCCGUACAACGGGAUCGGGCUGUGCACGCCGGCGUCCAACGUGUGCGCCAACAGGGACGUGUACGCCUACUGGGACGCCUUCCACCCCACGGAGCGGGCCAACCGGAUCAUCGUCGCCAACUUCAUGCACGGCACCACCGACCACAUCAGCCCCAUGAACCUCAGCACCAUCCUCGCCAUGGACAACACCAGGAACUAGCUAGCUAGCCACUACGUCUACCUCUACGUACGUAGCUAGCCAGCCAGUAGGACUAGUUCAUCUGUGCGUGUGCCGACCUACAUAUAUAUAGCUACAUAUUUGGUGCUUAAUUUGUUAUUGGUCUCUCCCUACGUGCCUGGAGCUGGUGGUCAAAAGUUUUUGAUGGGUCCUUCUUCCUUGGUUUAGUUGAGACUUCAGAGUAAUUUGGGUGUUAAUUAAGAGAGAUUGUUUAUUUUCUGUUUGCUACUCCAGAUUGUUUAGCAGAGCUUAGUGGCUAGGAACUUGUAAGACAGUGGUUUCUGCUGGAAUGAUUGAUCCAAGAAUUCGUUGUA